UGUAACUGUGGCGGAAAUGAAAGUUGACUCGCAACACCAGCGGAUCUCCACCGAGAAAGUGCUGUGAUGUCAUGGCAGCUGCCAUUGUGACCAGACCUGGUGUCCGCUCGACUGAGAAGUCGCAGUUGAUUUUAAAAGUGGUGUCAGCGAAGCCUCAGUCUCCCAAGCUGCCAACCCGUCACUCUCGGCUCAGCUCCUUUGUAGAGGUGACUGCAGACGGCCUGUCCAGUGAAACCAAAAAGACAGCCAAACGCAGUGGACACGAGCUGCAGUGGAAUGAAGACCUCACCCUAAAUGUGACACCUCAGAGUCGUCUGGAUCUGAAGCUGUGGAGCUGCCACACUCUGAGGAAAGAGUUACUGGGCAGUGCUACAAUAGAUAUCCUGGACACAUUGCGCAUGCACAAUGGCAAGAUGGAGAAUGUCCAACUAAGUCUGGUGCUACAGACUGAGAACAAAGGCUCAGUUGUCGUGGGAGGCGAGCUCAACAUCUGUCUGGAUGGCAUGGUUGUUGAUAUGGGCUCAGUGCCCAAUGGUAGCACAGCAGCAGACAAAAUAUUUCAAUCCGAUCGACCCAGCCUGAGGAGGACACAGAGUGAAGAGACUCCCAGUGUUGCUGAAACCCAAACCAGAAGGAGCAACCGAUACUCAGUGGGUGGUUUGCAGGGCAGCUCCCCAGGGUCCUCCAGAGGGGUGUCUCUAACUAACGGAGAGACCAAUGUAGAGCAGGUUCUUGAACCAGGUUCUGCUGGCCAUCAUGAUUCCUCCAAAAUUAAAGUCAGCCCUGCAAACAGUACAGAAAAAGUAGAGCUGGAAAACAGCCUGGUGCGUCACAUGCAUCCACCAUUGGAUCAGUCCGACGCAACCAGCAGCAAUACGCUGGAUCAGCAAGAUGGCCUGGGUUCAGUAAGACCAACGGAGAUUGCCCCGGCUCCCACUUCCAGUGCAGAGCAGGCGAGCGAUAACACCACAGAACAACAGUCAGGCUCACUCCCCACUGGCUGGGAGCAGAGGGUGUUGCCUCAUGGUAGAGUUUACUACGUAGACCACAACACCAAAACCACGACAUGGGAGAGGCCGCUACCACCAGGCUGGGAAAAGCGUGUGGACCAACGAGGGAGGUUCUACUACGUUGACCACAACACUCGAACCACCACGUGGCAGAGGCCCACAGCAGAGUCUGUGCGCAACUAUCAACAGUGGCAGAGCCAACGCAACCAGCUGCAGGGUGCUAUGCAUCAGUUCAGCCAGCGCUUCCUCUACCAGCUGUCCAGUGCUCCUGUGGAAAAUGACCCUCUGGGCCCAUUGCCUCCUGGAUGGGAGAAGCGCCAGGACAAUGGCAGAAUGUACUUUGUCAAUCACAACACACGAACAACUCAGUGGGACGACCCACGAACCCAAGGGAUGAUCAAGGAGCACCCUUUGCCCCCUGGCUGGGAGAUGAAGUACACCGCAGAGGGAGUUCGAUAUUUUGUGGACCACAAUUCACGCACUACCACCUUUAAAGACCCCCGACCUGGGUUUGAGUCAGGGUCGCGGCAAGGCGGUUCACCUGGUGUCUAUGAUCGCAGCUUCAGGUGGAAAUACCACCAGUUUCGCUUCCUAUGCCAUUCCAAUGCUUUGCCAAGCCAUGUGAAGAUCUCAGUGUCCAGACAGACAUUGUUUGAGGACUCAUUUCAACAGAUCAUGAAUGUGAAGCCAUAUGACCUUCGCCGGAGACUCUACAUCAUCAUGAGGGGAGAGGAGGGCCUUGACUACGGUGGCAUUGCCAGAGAGUGGUUCUUCCUGCUGUCCCAUGAGGUUUUGAACCCUAUGUACUGUCUGUUUGAGUAUGCUGGCAAGAACAACUACUGCCUGCAGAUCAACCCAGCCUCUUCCAUCAACCCAGAUCACCUCAUGUACUUUCGCUUCAUCGGACGGUUCAUAGCUAUGGCUCUCUACCAUGGGAAGUUCAUCGACACAGGCUUUACACUUCCAUUCUACAAGCGAAUGCUGGACAAAAAAAACACACUGAAAGACUUGGAGUCCAUCGACCCUGAGUUUUAUAACUCCAUCAUGUGGGUUAAAGAGAACAGCUUGGAGGAAUGUGGUGUGGAGCUGUAUUUUGCACAGGACAUGGAGAUCCUUGGGAAAUUGUCCACCCACCAGCUGAAGGAUGAUGGAGAGAACAUAUUGGUCAAUGAGGAGAAUAAGGAGGAGUACAUCAGUUUGCUGACGGACUGGAGGUUCACACGCGGGGUGGAGGAACAAACCAAAGCCUUCUUGGAUGGCUUCAACGAGGUGGUCCCUCUGGAAUGGCUUCGCUAUUUUGACGAGAAGGAACUGGAGCUGAUGCUGUGUGGGAUGCAGGAGAUUGAUUUGGUAGACUGGCAGAAGAACACUAUCUACCGACAUUACACCAAGAACACCAAACAGAUCCAUUGGUUCUGGCAGGUGGUGAAGGAGAUGGACAACGAGAAGAGAAUCCGUCUUCUUCAGUUUGUAACAGGAACCUGUCGUCUGCCAGUUGGAGGCUUCGCUGAGCUUAUCGGAAGUAAUGGCCCCCAGAAGUUCUGUAUAGACAAAGUGGGGAAGGAGACUUGGCUUCCAAGAAGCCACACAUGCUUUAAUCGCUUGGAUCUGCCGCCUUACAGAAGCUUGGAGCAGCUGCGAGAGAAACUAAUGUUUGCUAUUGAGGAGACUGAGGGAUUCGGACAGGAGUGAUCAUGUAAGCAAAUGCAUCCUGGAAAUAAAUGAUUGAGCUGGCUAGUGUUUUGUAGUUGCAUUUUUUUAAAUAACAGGUCAUCAAGCCCCUACACCUUUCAUCAUGGAUCAUGUAUAGAUCAUGGAUAGUGUUCGGGCUGUGGGAUGGAGACAGAAAUUGUGCACAAUGCUCAAUAUGAAUGCCAUAUUUUAUAUGAAUAUAAAUAGUUUGUGUUUGAGUUUGGCAACAUUGCACAGAAUUAUAUUUGACUGAAGUCCACCCCCACACUUCAUGAUUGAUCAAAGUCAGACAAGAUGAUAACCAAUGUAGUGUAACAUAUCCAUACAAGAGAAAUAAUUCAGUUUUUAAAGGUGUGCAAGGUAGACAGUGUUGAAUGUUAGAGAGAGAGAAUUUGAUUGCAUGUCUUUCCAGAUCAGAAACAGACGUAACUCUUCCGUUUCAAAAGCUGGAGAUGUUUUUUUUUGUUUUUACUUUGU